AGCGAGAUCAAAACACGGUCAUGUGACCUGUCCGUGUGUUCAAGAUGUCUGCGCCCAUGGAAAACAUGCCUCUGAAAAAUAAGGGGGAUAUUUGUGAAAUUGAAGCGACAGUUGUGUCGGGAUUUGAAAAUGUGGCCAAGGAGGAGGCAGAGGAAAAGCUUAAAGUUCCAGUGGAUUUCAAACGUGGCCGAAUCAUUUUCAAAAUUCCUACAGAAGAUGUUAAUAAGGUCUUGGAGCUGGGAGGUAUUGACAACUGUUUUGUUGUCAUGUCAAGAUUUUCCAAUGUCAAUUUCACAAAUGAUGAGCUAGAAUGUAUGGCCAUUCUUCGAAAACUUGUAUAUGAUGUAAACUGGAAACUUGGACUUGCAGCUUGGAGUAGAAUCUUUUCCUUUAGUCACCCUAUCGCCAGUGUACCAGAUGUUAUACCAAAAGAUUUAGGGGAGGCAACUCUUUCCUCAAGAUUUCAUAAUGCAAAGGACUCAUCUCAAGAACCCAAAAAACCCAAGUUAUCAAAAUCUGAAAAAAGGAAACAGCGUAGAUUACAAGCGAGAGAAAACAAAGGAAAGGAUAUUCAGCAAUCCACAAAGGAAGAGAAUGUAGAUAAUGCAGAAGAUCUGGAAAACGCAGCAUCAUUGGAAAAGAGCAAUGAUAUUUCCAAGGAUAUGAAAGAGGGCAGUGAAACUUCUCAAAAUCUGUCAGACAAUAUUCCAGCACAUGUGACUCGGACAGAAAAUGUAGAGACUGACCAAUCACCAGCCAGCAAAAAGAUAAAAACCACAGAAAAUGUCCAAUCAGAAAAGCUAGAGACUGACCAAUCAGAAUCCAGAGAGAAACAAAAAACAACAUGUCAUGACCCCACAAAACCUUCAUUCAGAGUGACAUGCAAUCGUAAUGGCCAGGGCCACCCUUUUGACUCCAUGGGAGCAGCUGCUAAUUUUGGAGGGGGUGUGUUCAAUUAUUUCAACUGGAAUGUGUCCAUGAAGAAUUUUGAUAUUGAGGUGAUUCUGAACAUUGAGGAUCGUGAUGUCACAGUGUGUCUUGGUCUAACACGGCAGUCCCUCCAUCAUAGAUUUAUCAAAGCUUUUGGACCUACAGCUCUGAGGGCUACUAUUGCAUACAAUAUGCUCAGACUUUGCAAGAUAGAGCCAGGAGAGGUGAUCUGUGACCCGAUGUGUGGGGGAGGGACUAUUCCUAUCCAGUCAGCAGUAUCAUAUGAGACCUGUGCCAGUUUAUGUGGAGAUAUGAUAAAUAAUGCUGUGAAGAGAACCCAGCAGAAUAUUGACUUUGUGUGCCAGACUCAGCCUAUUUCGCUGGACGUUGUGCGGUGGGACGUGACUAAAUUACCUCUAAAGACGGAGAGUAUGGAUGUAGUCAUCACAGAUCUGCCAUUUGGAAUAAGGAGUGGAUCCAAAAUGAACAACUGGAAGCUGUAUCCUAACACUCUAAUGGAGAUGGCCCGAGUCUGUCGCGUGGAGAAGGGUCGGGCGUGUUUACUGACGCAGGACAAAAAGUGUAUCAAUAAAGCAUUAUCAAUAACGGCCAAAUACUGGAAAUGUAGGAACAUGGUGGGGUUCAACAUGGGAGGUUUAGCUGCGUGUGUUUAUGUGCUCCACAGGACAAUAGAGAAGUAUAAUGCUGAACAUGCUGCAGAAAUGCUGGGAGAAGCGCUGGCACACGCCAAGAAGAAGGAGGGAUCCCCAGUGAAAACCAACCAACCAUAGCCAAAUAUUAACAAACC